AACUUCCGAGUUUGUUUGGACUUCUGAACAGAAACCGUCGUCGCGCCGCGUCACCGUGUGAGCUUAGCUGAGCUGUUUACUGUACGAGCAAGAAACACUGGUGACAUUUAAACCCAGAAGGAAAAAUGACGCUUCCGUCGGCGCACAGUACCACCACACUCCGGACCGUGAAAGUCUCUUCGGAACCGGGCACGACGACGCUGCUCUCCUCGGGCCAGUUAGGCUACGGCGGCGGGACUCUGCGCAGGGUCGGCGUCGCGCCGGCACAGUUCUCCUCCGUGCAGUACGUCAACGGCUCCGUGGACGGCACCGCGCUCCAGGGGAACCUCGUCCAGGGGAAUGUGGUCCACGGCACCGUGCUCCAGGGGAACAUGCUCCAGGGGAACAUGCUCCAGGGGAACGUGGUCCAGGGGAACGUGGUCCAGGGGAACAUGCUCCAGGGGAACGUGGUCCAGGGGAACGUGGUCCAGGGGAACAUGCGCUACCUCGUGCCCGUGCAGCGCGCCUCCGAGUCCUACGUCGUGGUCAAUCAGUCCCCGCAGACGUUGACGCCGGUUUACCUGCAGAACGUCCAGAACGUCCAGAACAUGCAGCACCUCAGCGUCAGCAGCCUGGAAGAAACCGACAGCAGCCAACAAAUCGACAUCAAUGGCCAAGCUUCAUCGGUGUACAGUUAUCCACCGAGCCCCAUCAAGAGCCCCGAGCCUCCAGAGGUGGUGCAGAGCAGCAGGAGCAGCAGCGUGCACGAGAUCGUCAGAACCGAUGUGAGGGAGCACCUGACGAGCGAAGUGAAGACGGAUUUCGAGUUCGAGCAGGUGGCCAAGCUCGACACGCGCUUCUUCGGCGAGCUCCUCGCCGAGGUCUACCGGAAAAACUGCGACAUCCACACCUGCAUCUCUGAACACGUGGCCAAGAUCCGCGGACGAAAACACUUACUGGACCUGGAUAAGUCGGAGAAAGAAGACAUCGAAAACCUCCUUCCUAAAGGGGUGUCUGAACUGACGAAGCAGCAGAUCCGCUACCUCCUACAGACGCGCAUGACGGCCGACAAGACCCUGCGCAUGCUUCUGAGCACCUUCAGCAGCCUGAGGGAAGAGCUGGUGCACCUGCAGGACGAUCUGAGGCGCCUGGAGAGUGAGAAAGAGCAGCUGGAGAGGGACCUGAGCUUUAAGGCCGAUCAGGCGCAGCAGUAUGACCGACUGUUGGAAACCGUACGCGAGAACAACCGACAGCUACAGAUCUCCCUGAAAGAGAGCGCAUCGUCCCAGCGCAACCUGGAGGCUCAGCUCAUGAACAACCGCAGCUCAGACUCCGGCAAGGACUUCCGCAUCAAAGAUCUGGAAGGCAGCAAGCGGGCGCUGGAGAAGGAGAACGAGCUGCUGCGCAAGAAGCUUGAAGGCCAGUGCAGUAGCUCCACUCUGCAGACUAAGACACAGGAGCUGUCCAGACAUUAUGAGCAGAUGCUGAAAGAGCUACGAGAGGAGAAGGACAAGGAGUUAUCGAGUAUGCGGACUCAGCUGGUGAAGAUCCAGACAGAAUACACUACAGAUCGCUCCAGCGAUAAGAGCCUACAGCUGAGGAUCUCAGAGCUACUGACCACACUGGAGCAGCGCGACUCGACCAUCAGACGCCAAGAGGAGGAGCUCAGACGGCUGCAGCAGGAGAAGAGUUCCAGCAGCCUCACUCAGACUGUUAUCACUAAAAAAUACCAGAACCAGUACCCGAUCCUGGGCCUGUUAAGUGAUGACUAUCAGUACACAGCAGCACCUGUCAGGGAGUCCAAGACCAUCGUCAUCAAGAGGACGGGCGAGAUGACCAAAAAGGAAUUCACCAGCACACCCUAAAGACGACGCUUCUGUCCGACAGGAUUGAGCACGAGGGGCGAUCCAGAAUUUGCGCCAGUACCUGCUAGAUCACCUCUCUCCAUCCUUUCCCACCCCUCCGUCUCUCUGUACAUCCCUCUCUCCAUCUCCAACCUUUCUCACCCCUCCUCCUCUCUCCAUCUCCAUCUCCAUCCUUUCCCACCCCUCCUCCUCUCUCCAUCUCCAUCUCCAACCUUUCUCACCCCUCCUCCUCUCUCCAUCUCCAUCUCCACCCUUUCUCACCCCUCCUCCUCUCUCCAUCUCCAUCUCCAUCCUUUCCCACCCCUCCUCCUCUCUCCAUCUCCAUCUCCACCCUUUCCCACCCCGUUUCCCUGCAUGCGCUUUGUCUGUACUUCAGGGCUGUAGAGUAGUGAUGGUUCCAGCCUCAGUGUGAACAGGAUGCGAGAUUCAUGCUGUAGUUUGGUUCCGAGCGCUUCGUGCUUUUCCAGCCACCACAACUCUACCAGCCUCUGUUCAGCAACUACUCUAAUCAUCUAGUUAGUGAUGUAUGACGUAAAGAUGUAGCUUUCCUUCAUCAGUUACAGCCAAUUUAUGUUUACGAUGUAUCGUAUUCGACACUUUCUGUGUUGGAGAACUUUGUAGAAUGGGGUGCAUACAUGUGAAAGCAAACCGGUGAUGGGAUUUGUUUGCUAUGUAACAGCAGUGGAGUUUUUUUUUUUUUUUUUUUUGUGUGUGUGUGUUUGUUUUGUUUUUGUUUGUUUUUGGUUGCAUGUGGCAAUGAGUUAAUUAUCAGCUAUUCGAAAUAAAAAGAGACUAGAAUAUUUGGGUUGAGGAGACCAUUGGUGUAUUGAACAAUAACAAAGCGUGAGAGGGUUCAUUUUUUUUUGUUGUCGUUAGUUUGUGCGUUUUUAAACCCUAACAUCUCCCAGUUACUUUUAACAUAAACCCCGUGUGGCAGCUAACGUGCGUUUUUAACUAAUCCUCGAUUUCACGUCCAAACCCGGGACUUUGCGUCUCCAAGAAAACAAAGACAGAUGGUUUUCACCAAAACCAGACGUUUCUAAUUUCUAAUCCCGUCUAGUUUUGGUUGAGUCCGUGCCCACCGUAGGUUCAGAUUCCUGAUUAUGGCGGUCAGGAGUGGAACCCGAGACGGUCUUCUGCUCUUGUAGCCCGUCCACCUCAAGAUUCAAUGCGCUGAGAUGCUUUUCCGCUCACCACGGUUGAAAAAAGUGGUUAUUCCUGUCGGCUCCGAGCGGUCUUGCGGUUCUCCUCUGACCCUCUCUCGUCAAUAAGGCCUGUUGAUCAGCUGUGCAUGAAAAUCUCCGGAGUAGCAGAUACUGAAAGUGGACGACUCAAAUUAGGGACUUUACUAAUCUUCACCUUCUUUACGUUUACGUUCAGCAACUUCUAGAAAACUUCUAACAUGCGAUGCUGUUAUUACAAGGGUGUGAUUUUAAUAAACUACUACUGCUGUAUUAAUGACUAAAUCUGCUGUAUACCGUGUUUCUGAGUUUUGUGCAGUGUAAAUCAACUUUUGUUGAUUCAAAAGCCGCCUUGGCCUUGUUUUAUUCCAGCCAUUUUGUUUCAUAUUUGAUUCUGCUUGGGAUUGUUACACUGCCCUCUGCUGCCCGCAGGGUGAACUGCAAUAGCAAUAAAAACACGGGCAAGCCUUCCCCUUGCCUGACCACACUUAGGGGCGGGGCUGAGUAAAACCUGGGGCGGGGUUAUUUCCGACAAGUCUGUAAACAGAAGCCUUAAUUAUUUUUAAAUAUACAAAAUGAACUGAAUGUCAACAUUACAAAUCACAAAUGCAAAUUUUUUUUUGACUAAUUAUAUUUAUUAUAAUAAAUAUGAAAUUAAUGUAAGUACCUUCAUAUUAUAACUGUAUUACACAUCGAUUAUUAUUAUUAUAGGUCUGGGAACACUUGGUGACGUCACUGUUUCCCCCCCCCCAUGAUUCCAUUUUCAAAAUCCACCUUAAAUGCUUUCUUUUUUGGAGUUUAUAACGAGCAUGAUUACGUGUUUCUUGGAGUUUCUGUGACUUUUGUUACAGCCUGUUCUUAAAAUAAACCGUUGCUGGGCAUGUGUAAA